AUUUGGGAUUGAAAGCAUUUUUUCAAAGAGGAGAAGGUCAUUGGACAGCGUCACUUCCAGCGCUGGUGUGUAAACUUCCGGCGACAACAAUAUGGCGGCGCCCAUAGCGAUACACCUGGAGUUUGGGGGAGGGGCGGAGCUACUGUUUGGCAGCGUGAAGGAGCAUCAUGUGACCCUGCCCAACCAAUCAGAACCCUGGGACAUGAAGCAGCUGCUGGUAUGGAUCAGAGGGAAUAUGCUGAAGGAACGGCCAGAGCUCUUUGUCCAGGGAGAUACUGUGAGGCCUGGGAUCUUGGUACUUAUCAAUGAUGCCGACUGGGAAUUGAUGGGUGAGUUGGAGUACGAGCUACAGGACAAGGACAACGUAGUAUUCAUCUCUACUCUCCACGGAGGUUAGAAAAUACUGGGUGUAGAUGUCUACAGGCAGCCUCCACACACAAUUCCCCUCACUUUCUCCUACUCCUAUUGUUCCACCACAAAACAAAACUCGCUGGACUCUUAGACCUCUCCGGUCCAACCAACCAACCACUGAAAGAACACUGGGAUGCUAUGAUUUAUGUUUUCCCAAGCCUGUAUUAUCUAGGAUCAUUUUUUUAUUUUAUUUUUUUAGAUCAUAAUUAUUACAAUUAUAAGGACAGGGUGGGCCUGAUCCUAGAUCAGCACUCCGAAUUGUUUUUUUGUUUUUUUAAAUAUGGGUGCUGGUCCUCCAGAAUUAUUUUUUUUUGUUUGUUGUGGAGUGAGGAGAAGAUUUUGUCUACGGAGAGGGACUCUAUGGUGAUGGCGUGAGUCUUUUCAGGGCCACAGUCAUUAAUAUUCUGCUACAGUUCUGUCUCCAUUCAAAUAGAUUCAGAAGAGACAGUAGGACUUGAGCUGAUACUUUUUUGCCUUGAACUCUGCAUGUGAUUGGUCAAGAAUCAUAAUAAUUUACCAGAUUUUAAACUUUUUUUUAAUUCACUGACAAAUUGCUGCUUCAAUCCUGCAAUGUAUGUUUUGAGACAAAAUGGGUAUUGAGACAAUUAAUCUGUCAUAAAAAUAUGCAUUUGGCUUGCUGCAAUGUAACCAUAAACAAAUGUAUUUAAUUGGCUUAGAUGAAUAAAAGGAUUGCAUACUUUAACUCAUUUAUUACCUAUCAAGUCUAACUUUCCCUUUCAACGACAUCUUUCUGUUUGCUGCAGUACAGAAUAAAAUAAGUUGAAUGAUACGGUCACAGUU